AUGAACGGUAAAUACGCUUACAUUUUAGUAAUACCAUGUCAAUUAUCUCAAACUCUUCAGCUCUACAUAUCUAACGUUGUGUUACGUUCCUUGUGCGUGGAAACGUCGUCCUUCGGCAAACCGGGUGAGAUUAUGAAGCAGGUUUUGAAGAUCAGCUUGGAUGAUGAGUUGAUGACAAACAUGAUUUUUACACGAUCGGCAGAUGUGGAGAUACUUUUCCAUGUUCGUGGUUUAGAUAAAGCCGAUUUCAUCAAGCCGGAUUGGACCGACCCGCAAUUGAUUUGCAGCCAGAAGAAUGCUGCAUCGUCGGUCGAAUCAGUUGUUGAGGUUUUAUAA